GUAUGUCCGGUCUAUUUCUAAUUUUUGUUCUUUAAAAAAACAGAACUUGAGACAUUCUCGUGUGUAACAUUUCAAUCGAGAUAAGGUUUUUUUAAAUGUUUUAUUUAAAAACAAAAAUGCAGGCAACUAUGAAACCUUAUGUUUGUAAAUUCUGUAAAAAAUGUUUUGUAUUUAAAGAGAACUUUAAAACGCACAUGAAAAUGCAUCCUUCUGAAAAACGUCAUGUUUGUGAAGUGUGCGAAAAACGCUUUACACAAAUUGGUGAAUUAAAAACACACAUUAGAAUACAUACUGGAGAAAAACCGUACAUUUGUGAAGUAUGUAGAAAAGGUUUUUCCCAAAUUAAUAGUUUAAAAUCUCAUAUAAGAAUACAUACUGGAGAAAAACCGUACAUUUGUGAAGUGUGUAGAAAAGGUUUUACCCAAAUUCAUCAUUUAAAAUCUCAUUUAAGAAUACACACUGGAGAAAAACCGUACAUUUGUGAAGUGUGUCAGAAGUGCUAUGCACGAAAUUAUAUGUUGGAAAUACACAAAAGAAGUCAUACUGCAGAGAAACCUUAUGUUUGUGAAGUUUGUAAAAAAAUUUUUGUGUUUAAAGAGAACUUUAAAACGCACAUGAAAAUGCAUCCUCCUGAAAAAUGUUAUGUUUGCGAAGUGUGCGAAAAACGCUUUUCACGAAUUGAAGUAUUAAAAACACACAUUAGAAUACAUACUGCGGAAAAACCAUACGUUUGUGAAGUAUGUAGAAAAGGUUUUUCCCAAAUUGGUCAUUUAAAAUCACAUCUAAGAAUACACACUGGAGAGAAACCUUAUGCUUGUGAAGUCUGUGAAAAACGUUUUGCACAUAAUAGUUCCUUAAGAGCACACAAGAGAGCUCAUACUGGAGAACGUUCUCAUGUCUGUCCAGAGUGUAGUAAAGGCUUUAAAUGCCUCCCUAAUUUGAAAAUUCAUAUGAGAACACAUACUGGAGAGAAACCUUAUGUUUGUGAUGUAUGUGAAAAAAGUUUUACAAGAAUGAAUCAAUUAAAAGUCCACAUGGCAACACAUACGACAGAGAAACCUUAUGUUUGUGAUAUGUGUAAAAAAUCUUUUGCACAUCUGAGUUAUUUAAAAAAACAUAUUACAAGACACUGCCCAAAAACUUUGUUUGUGAAGUGUGUAAAAAAGUCUGAGACUUUCAUUGUUUAAAAAUACAGAUGAUAACACAACAGUGGCGUAGC